GCAACCAACGGCGAUAAAUCGCCGCCUGCGGCGGACGUAAAUUUUGUUUAAAAUUUAUUACACUUUAUUUGUUUAAAUUAAUUCAGUACAGUUAUUUAAUAAGUUUUUGAUUUAAUAAUUCAAGUACAAGAUGGCAAUAAUUGUUUUGAUAUAAGUUCUUUCUUUUUGAUCCUUAAAAUUUUUCCACUACUCCCUCACCUCAGUCCCCCCUGUUGUAACUUGUCGGCGAUAUAUGUAAACAGUAUAACCUCCGGUAUAUUCUGAGAUGAUCCGUAAAAAUCAGUAGAGAUGUCAACGCAGCAGCGACCGUCGAUCGCGGUUCUCCAUCCUGCGACGUAAAUCCUAAUAGGUCACGUCAGGUGUUGUGGUGAUUAAUCUUGAGCAGCUAUGGAAUUCGUGUGGAACCUCGUUGGCCGCAACCUGAAACGGUCACUUCUAAAGGCGCCUGUAACACGCCUGCAACACGUGCGAUGCAUCAGAUUGGCAGAAGUUGGUAAACUGGAAACACCAAAGUUACAGGGAAAAUACGACACAGGUCAAUUAAUUUUACACAGAGUCUUUGGUUACCGAGGUGUGAUUCUUUUUCCAUGGUUGGCAAGAGUAUAUGACAGAGAUAUAUCUAAUAAGAAGGAUGAGAAAGAUAACAGCAAUUUUAACAGUGUCAGUGAGAAGGAAGUAAAAGGCAGGACCCAUACUUUCUAUCAAGUUUUAAUUGAUCAACGCGAUUGUCCUUACAUACGUGCACAAACAGAGGCAGUUACUUUCCUGGGCAACCAUGAGAGCAGUCGUAGCUUGUAUGCUAUCCCUGGGUUAGAUUAUGUUGCUCACGAGGACGUUCUGCCAUAUACCACGAACGAGAAAGCAGCGCUGCAACAUGAAUUAUUUGAUAAAUUUCUGACCUAUCAUUCGGACAAAGAACCAUGCUUUGUGGCACAGGAAACUCUUCGCACAUGGCAGAAAAAGAAUCAUCCGUGGCUCGAGUUAUCAGAUGUACACAAGGAAACAACCGAGAAUAUUCGCAUCACUGUUAUACCAUUCUACAUGGGUUGCAGGGAAAGUCAGACCACUUCUGUAUACUGGUGGCGUUAUUGCAUCCGACUAGAAAAUUUGGGUGAAUUAAGCGUGCAGUUGCGCGAAAGGCACUGGAGAAUAUUCAGUCUGUCGGGUACGUUGGAGACUGUUAGAGGGAGAGGCGUAGUAGGUCAAGAACCUGUGCUAUCGAAAGCUCUACCUGCUUUUCAAUAUAGUAGUCACGUGAGCUUGCAAGCUCCUAGUGGUCACAUGUGGGGAACAUUUAGGAUGGAAAGAGAAGACGGAUAUGCGUUCGAUUGCAGAAUACCACCAUUCUCCUUAGAAUCGAAAGCGGAGCCGUCUACGCCCAAUGUAGAAAUCUGAUUCUUUAGAGAAAAAUCAAUAACUAUAAGCGAUGAUUAGUUAGAUAAAAAUAUAACAAUUACUAGGUCACUAUAAUACAGCUUCAAGUACAAUCAAGAUUGAUCUUAGCGUGAGUCUUGUGAUAACUUUUGAAACUAACUUUCCCAGACAGUUUCAAUAAAAUUAUAAUGUAUAUACUUUUUCCCGAAAACCCUUUACGAUCUCCCAUGUAAGAGGAUAUUUAUCCUCUUAUUCAUUUUCUAACAUGGUCUAAUGUUAAUGAAAUUUAAUAAUAUGCUAAUGUAAAAAAAUCAAUUCUUUAAAUAUAAUGAAAAUGUAAAUACAGACAAAACACACACUCAA